ACCAACAUGCCCAGCAUCCACGAAAGAAUUCGCGACGACCUCCUCCUUCGUGAGCGUGCUCUCUGGACAGCCCUCACCUCUGCCGACCCAGCUCCAGCCGUCGAAAAACUCAGCAGCCGCGAGGCCAACUUCAUCUUCCCGCAGAAGCCCGUCGUGACCAUUGACGGGACAGAACCGUCGUUAGAGGAUGUUGUCCAGCCGCCGUUUCACCGAUUCGACUCAUUUUCAUUAGUAGACACAAGGACGAUUAUUCUGGACUUGAUGGCAGGUGUCGUCACAUAUCAAAUCACGGCCAGCAAGGGGGACCAGAUGUAUAAUGCAACAGGGUCAUCGACAUGGAGUCAGGGGUCGGAUGGAGAGUGGAAGUUGGCUUGCCAUCAAGAGACGUUGCUGUGAUUAUGCCCGAGUUCACGUUGCAUGCCGUUACGAUAAGGAUUUUAUUGCUGUAUAUAUUCAAGGUUCACAUAUAUUUGGUAUUCGACAGACAUCUAUAAGUCAGAAACAUUGAUCUCACGAGCUGUGACCAGUGUGGAUCUACCCCGUACAUAUGCAGACUAAAUAAAACCACUGCAUGUGUUAAGGAUCCGCGUGCUUAUAUGAGAAACUGGCCAAGUGUUCUUGUAUAGAGAUAAAAGGAAGAGAGCUCUGUAUAGA